CAUUGUAAUUCCUGCUCCGGGGGAGUUGGUGACGUGGGGCUGAUUGAAGCACGGGGAUGAACGAGGUCGGGACUGAUCCAAGAGAGGACGGAGGCAGCCGUCCAUUCGUUACAAGCUUCUGGCACAGGCAGCAAGGCUAGCUAGAUUGGACGGUCUUUCUAACUGAUGUGGGCGCCGCUCACUGAUUGACUGAGGGAAUUCUUCUCUAAUCUCCGGUAGAGUUUCUUGAGAAUAUUGCUUUCUCAAGGAAAUUGCUUUUCCUCAGCAGCAGUUUCUCAAAGUCAAGACGUCUGAGCAGCAAGGGAGUCGAACGUAGGAACAACAUUUGAGCAGAGGCGGAACGCUUCAUCGGCCGCCGCCACAUCCUGACACGCUCCCUAACUGAUGAAUGAAUGGGCCCAGUAAUCGCUGGAGCACCAGAACAGAUCAUUAUCCCUAUUGGAGAACGUUUCCACAGACUGCUCUGCAAAAUUGCGAUUUGAAAGGGGAAAGAUUCCAUGAAGUCUCAUCUUCCAGGGACCACAAUGUGGUGAGCUCUAAUGCACAAAAGGAUCAACAAGACAGUGGGAAGAGCUGUUCAAAGGAAAGAAGACAAUCUUGUUUUCUUCUUCAACGGCACUGCCACAAAGAAAUGCAGAAACAACUUGCCUGACAGAGAAAUGCAAUGGUGAGUGUGAGCAACUGUUCCAAGGAAUGUGGACCCUUCUAGCCAUCUUCAAGACACCAAAUUCAAGACACGAUUCAAGCAGCAGGACUAUACAAGCAGCUCGCAUUUCCCUGUCCUGAGCAGCAAGACUAACGUCUACAGUAUAACAUUGAGGAAACAGUAGAAAAACAAGAGCAGUUGAAAUACAGUCUCCACCACAUGGAAAACCAGCAAAGCUGUGAGUUGUUGUGAGACUUUUUGAUAAAAACAUGGCGAUGUUGUUUGGGACCAGCAUCUUGCUGACUACCCUGACUGUGAUGCACUGUCUGCCAUGUGUCACCCCGGCCAGGGUGUCUUUAGAAGAUCUCAGGAGGGUCAUCAAGGAGGUGAAGAAGCUAGAGUCCCGUGCUGACAAUAACUCUGUACAGAUACAGAAGCUGUUUAACUCUUACACUGGGGACACAAGAAAGAGCCCCUCCAUGUCCCCUCAGACCAUCCAGAAAAUGGUGAGCCAGAACAUCAACCAGAGUAACAUCAUCGGCGCUCUACAGGAUCAGAUGGCAGCUGACAGGCAGAACACUAAGGAUUCACUUGACAAGUUGUCAGUACAGAGCUCUGACCUGGAGAGAUACGUCUAUGAACAGACACUCCUCAUCAAGGACAAGACAAGACGGCUGGAGACCAGAAAUGCACGACUGGAGAACACCCUGCUGUUCUUACAGCAACGUGUAGAAAACAUCAGCGUCAAGAACGAGUUUGGAGAUGUGCGAGAUCGAGUAAAAGACUGUUCCUCCCUCUACAAGAGAGGUUAUACCCUGAACACUGUCUACAUGAUACCAGCCUACACAGGCCCCUUUGUAAUGUACACCAUGCCUUCCUUCAACACAUACUGUGACAUGCAAACCGACGGCGGGGGCUGGACAGUCAUCCAGCGUCGUGUGAACGGUUCCAUCAACUUUGACCGCAACUGGACGGACUACAAGUGGGGUUUCGGCGACAAGUUCGGGGAGUACUGGCUCGGGAACGAGAACAUCUAUCGUAUCACCAACGAGCGGCCGAACAAACUGCGAGUCAUGAUCGAAGACUGGAUGGGGAUGAAGGCGUACGCGGAAUAUUCCACUUUUUCCAUCUCCAGCGAGCGCGACGGUUACAGACUGUCCCUGGGAGAAUAUGCGGGGGGUCUUGCAGGGGACUCCAUCAGGAAUCAGUACAACAGUCAGAACUCUAUGGCGUUCAGCACCAAGGACAGGGACAAUGACAGUUCGCCGGAGUCGAGCUGCGCGCAGCGUCGUCGCGGAGGCUGGUGGUACAGCCAGUGCGGGUGGGCCAGUCUGAACGGACUGUAUCGGGUCGGAGGUCAGUACCUGGGCCGUGCCAAUGGAAUCAUCUGGUUCUCGUGGGGAGGGUCGUUCCGAUAUUCUAUGAAGAAAGUCACCAUGAUGGUUCGACCAGCGGACUUCUAGAUAUCAUGUCAACCUUCAACAUAUACCUAUGGUUCUAAAUGUGUUAUAUACCGUAGAACUGGUUAUUUUUUUCUUAAAAAAAAACCCCAUCUAAUUAAGUGUUAUUCCUUCCACCUUUAGUCACGUAAAAGUAGGAAUGUACAAUUUAUUCAAAUUUUAUGUCUAGCGAGCCUGUGAAUUGCACGGUAUUAGUAGACUCACUAAGUAGAUUUUAUAAUGGUAGGU